ACGGCCGUGUCCUGGGCCGCAGGCGACGGGAUGGACGACGCGCUGAAGGCGCUGCUCGGCGACGGGAGGGCCGACCCGAACCUGCCGGACAACCAAGGCCGGUCGCCGCUGUCGAGGGCGGCAGGCGACGGGUGCACGGGCGCGGUGCGCGCGCUCCUACGGGACGGGCGGGUGGACAAGGCGAGCGGCGACAAGAGCCGGCGGAACGCCAUCUCGUGGGCGUGCGAGCGCGGGCACGUGGACACGUUGCGGGUGCUGCUCAGGGGCAAAUGUCCGGGGGUCGACGAGCCGGACGACGCUGGGUGGGCGCCGCUGGCCUGGGCGAUCCAGAAUAACGCACCGGAGAUUGUGGAAAUGUUGGCGGCGCACCGCCACGAUGGCGCUGCGGUGGAUCUGGAACGGGAAGACUCUUCCGGGCGGACGGCCCUGUCGUGGGCGGCGGAAUACGGCCAUCCCGAAGUCGUGAGGGCCUUG